UUUUGAUUCAGUGAAAGAGAGAAAAAGUCUGCACAUCGCUUGCGUCGAGAGGACGGGAGAGCAGAUUCUUCUAGCCUAGCCAGGUCUUCUCAGAACAAAAGAACAGAUGAGUCUCCACCGCCAUAGUAGCAGUUCUUCCUGCAGACCCUUCAUAAAGAAAGCUUCUGAGUCGCACGAGCUUGUCUGACACCUAACCAAAAAAUCAUGGCGGCUCGUUCCCUAACCUCAGUCCAGAUCAAGGACGCGUAUGAUCUUUACGUCAAGGGCUUUGAAUGUGGUGUACCGGCGGAGGACACUUUGGAACUUGCGUUGAACUCCCUGUGUCUGAACCCGAAGCUGUACCUGAAGCCAGUAAGGGAAGCGUGCAUAAAAAAGGAUCACGGUAUUUAUCAAAAAUCUAAGCGGCGAAUCCUUUUUGCCAUUGUCUUGUGCAUGUUGCCAUUGUCUUGUGCACACGACAUCCACUCCAUUUACGUGUUUUAACUGCACAUGAUUGAAAGUUGCGGAUGAAAGUUAUGUGAUCAAAACCAAACCAAUACAGAGGGCAAAGAGAUGAAGAUCGCUUUUGCCGAUUUCGAGAACGUAGUGCAGGAGCAGAACACAGCUCAAAUCGAAUCCGGCGUCGACGUUAGGGAAAUGUUUGACAAGCUGGCUAGGGGAGGAAAGUACUUACUACUACGAUGCUGAUUGUCAUCUUGUGAUUUCAGUCAUUUCACGGUUUCUUUACAAUUACAUCCUCAAGAUUUGCAGACGCAUGCGCCCCUGCACACAAGAUCUGCGCAUCAUCACCGUGUUAAAACAUAUGUGUUUUACAUCUUACCACAGGCUCGACCUGGACCGUGUCCGGGAGCUGUGCACGCCCAUGGGCUUCCGCGACACCGACGUAGAGAAUAUGUUUGAGGACUACGCGGGCGAUGUUGGCCUGGUUACCGAAGAUUCCCUGAAGGAGUUAGUCCAAGUGAUCCGGGAAUCGAGGUGAUGAAUGAAAUAGAAAUUCACUCAUACAAGGGCGUGGCUGCACCUGCACGACUGCUCUUCUACUUUUCUUCCAUCUCGCCAAAUAAACACACUGUGUCAGUACCCAGUCCUCGGUUCAACAUCCCAGGAGUAGCCAGGAAGCGCCUCUACGAGCAGAAGGGGCUUCAACAGCUUCAUCUAAGAACGUUUCGUCACCGAGUGUUCAGCAACCUGAUCUCGAUCCGCUCCUGCAGAACCACAACAAAUAGAUCACCAGUGACACCAUAAGCGAGCUGUAGUCCUCUUCUUCAAGAUCAUGCUGGCGACAAGCGGAGUGCCUACGCUGGCGUGCACUGCAGCUGCGUGAGCAUCAUGUGCAUGAUCGCUAUUGGGUUCGCGCUGCGGCCGGGAAAAAAUGGAAUGCGUCGCGCAAUUUCUGUUUCUGUGAUCUCAUCUCCGGCGUUGUGGUCGAACUGGCAGAGAAAAGGGCAGUGCGCACAACAAUAAAUUUGACAUCGUCGACCACGACCGUACGGCGCUGGCAGUGCAACCCCGACACAACAACUUUGAUCGCACAUCGGAACGGAAUGAGAUUAAGAUGAUUGAGCCACACUACUACUUUGUCUUUGCUUAGUCUGGUGCUGCUCUCUCAUGAAAAUGAAUAUGGCUCACUGGUCCCUACCUAGCUCGAGCAUCUUCACGAGCAGCCAAAAAAAAGACUACCUGUUGAAUGAUGGGGUCGAGGAUGGCGUAGAGAUAGAGAUAGUAGUUAUCGACUCAACAAGAAAAAACGCACCGAAUUUCUCAUCGCGAAGGCCUAGCUUGCUUGUUCGGUAUCGAAUCUGCUGUUCUUUGCCGCGUUGACACGCGAUAACAAGAUAACCGCACGGCAGCAUCGUGUUCGGCAACGUCUUCACGCUCUCAACAAAGAGAGAUCAGCUUGCGAGUUCUCAGC